CAACGAACUAAAGCCUAAAGCAGAGAGAAAGCGAGAGAGGAGAGAGAAAGAGAAAGAGAGCAUCACUCUGUUCGCUGUGCUGGUGCUGCAGUGGUAUGAGAGAAAAAUACUGUUGGCUCGCUGGUGACUGAAGACUGGUGCUGGAACUGUGUGAGAGGAAAAUACUGUUGGCUGGCUGGAGAAACCAAACAGCGAACAGAGUGCAUAUCAAGGAAUAUCAAGGAAGAAGAAGAGAGCAACGUAACAGUAGUAGUAGCGCUUCUACUGUACGCUCCUCGUUCUGCGUGCGAAGCGAACCCUAUUCGAUCCAUGUUCUUAUCUCUGCAUCCAGAUGUCCUUGUAGCUGAUCAGAUCGAUCGGAGGGAAAAGAGAGAGGAUUGCCCCCAGGAUCCGAGAUCUAGAGAGAGAGGGGGGGGGGGAGGUUUAAGAGGGGGGAGUAGCAAGGAGCUGAGAGGAUAGAAUGUUCCCCUCCUCCAAGAAGCAGCCCAACACUGGCGCUGCGAGCUCGAAUGAUCGGCCUAUGUGCGUGCAAGGCGACUCCGGCGGUCUCGUCCUCACCACCGACCCCAAGCCCCGCCUCCGGUGGACCGCCGAGCUCCAUGACCGCUUCGUCGACGCCGUCGCCCAGCUCGGAGGCCCGGACAAGGCAACUCCAAAGACUAUCAUGAGGGUUAUGGGAGUCAAGGGCCUCACCCUCUACCAUCUCAAGAGUCACCUGCAAAAAUUCAGGCUAGGCAAGCAGCACAAGGAGUUUGGGGAUCAUACAGGAAUGGAGAUGCAACGUAACGUGGCCUCUUCUUCAGGCGUGAUGGGAAGAACCAUGAACGACCGAAGCGUGAACGUGAACGAGGCCCUAAGGAUCCAGAUGGAAGUCCAGAGAAGGCUCCAUGGAGAACUAGAGGGGCAUGCAAUUUCUUUCAGCACAAAAGUAAAAGGAGAUCGAGCAGUGAACGAACUUUGUUGCAUGCAUGACAUGCAGGUGCAGAAGCACCUCCAGAUGAGGGUUGAAGCCCAGGGGAAGUACAUGCAGUCCAUCGUGGAGAAAGCAUACCAAGCUCUGGGGUCCAGCGACUGCGCCACGUGGCCCGCGGUGUACAGAUCCCUAGGCAACCAGGCCGCCGUCCUUGACAUUGGCGGCUCCACGAGCUUCUCUUCUUCCCUCCAGGACCUGCACUUCUAUGGAGGAAGCAGCAGCAGCAGCCACAUGGACCAGCUGCUGCAGCAGAUGGAGCGGCCAAUGGAUAGCUUCUUGACGUUGGGCGAGAGCUUCAUAGGCUCGUCAGCAGACAAGAAGGGCCCUAACCACUGCAUCAGCUCCGGUGGCAAGAGCUCGAUGAUGAUGUGGGCCGGCGAGGAGCAGCAGCCGCAGCCGAAGAGCGGCGCCUAUCAGCUCCAGAUGGAGGGCGGCAUCGAUGUCAUGGACCCGAUCACCGGCCUGUAUGAGGGUGCCAUGUCAGGCGACUCCAUGGGCAGUAAGGGUUUCGAGGGCUCGAGCUCCAAGCUUGAGAUGAAGUCGCCUCCACAACAAGCACCAGCUGCUGUAGGAAGUCAGAGGGUACGUAUAUAGCCCAAUGGUUAUCUGGAGCUCACCCAAAUAAUUAACUUGUCAUAUAUACAAUAUAUGGGUAAAAAAAAGAUAAAUGUAUUGUGCCAAUUUUUUUGUGAUGAAGGAAUAACCAUCACAUAAAGCUUGUAGACUAGCUAGUGUGUGAGCUGAGUGCAGUGCAUUUGCGGUUAUUAGUGUUAUUAAUUAGAUACGAGCGAGAUCUCUUAAGAGAAUUAAUUCAUGCACUAUAGAUAAGGUUGCUUGAGCUCUAAAGGUUACCUGCUAUUCUGAUGAGGAUGGCUUAGGUAACAAUUUGUUUAGUUCCCUGCAUCUCUUAUGGUUUUUAUUUCGAAGUGACAGUGCAUUUUAUUGACAUUUCCUGUAUGUAUAAUGAUGCAUGGUGGAGAAACACGUAUUACCGGGACAUUAACAGAGAGACUUUCAGAUUUAUAUAUGCAUGUAUAAUAUUGGUUUGUGUAA